AUGUUUAUUAAAAAGACAACUUUAUUUGCAUUUUUUGUCUCUUUUUCAUUCGUUGCUCUUCUAGCUACACUUCCAGCUACUUCCUCUAAUCUUCAACUUCGCCAAAAUGAAAUAUUUGUCGCAGAAUUCACUAAAAAUGAGGAAAGUAUAGUUACAGGAAGAGUUACGUUUGUUGCCGAAAAUCCAUGCAAAGUAACAAUAAAGUUUUAUGAAGGAUUUACCGAACCGGAGCCAAACAACUAUCAGUUUUUUCUUAAUAAUCAGGAUAUUUCAACACAAGCGAUUCAAAAUCUGAUAAUCAAUCCUCCUGAGACAUAUACGACUGAAUUUGAAAUCGAUAAAACUCUUUGUGAAAAGCUUGACGGUAAACCGUUCGUUAUUAAACACAAAAAUGAUCAAAUUGGAAAGGCCACAAUUGUUAGUGUAGAAUGA